CCGUUUCUACUCCGAUUUGUGUCUCCCCUCUCUUCUCUCUCUGCAAUCAUCCGCACGCACCUCUUCGGGGGCCACCGGAGAUCGGAGACGCCGACGACUAACAGUAUCCGAGAUGAAGAUUUUCGUGUAGACUCUCAAAGGCUCGCACUUCCCCGUCGAAGUGAAACCCGAGGACACUGUGGCAGAUGUGAAAAAGAAUAUUGAAGAAGUCCAGGGGUCUGGCGUCUAUCCUGCUGCCCAACAGAUGCUUAUUCAUCAAGGGAAAGUGCUCAAGGACGAGACAACUCUAGAGGAGAACAAAGUUGCAGAAAAUAGUUUUGUUGUGAUUAUGUUGUCCAAGACCAAGGCUUCAUCAACUGGAGGAACGUCAUCUGCUCCACCAUCAAACAAUCCACAACCUGCGAGUAAUACAUCUCAGCCAACAUUACCUGUAACAGCAGCUCCUUCUCCUGCACCAAUUGUUGCCCCCGUGCAAUCAGCUCCUGAAUCUUCUCCUGUUCCAGUUCCUUCUCCUGCCCCUGCUCCCUCAACAGAUGUGUAUGGUCUAGCAGCAUCAAAUCUUGUUGCUGGAACUAAUCUGGAGUCCACUGUUCAAGAAAUUUUUGACAUGGGUGGAGGAAGCUGGGAUAGAGAUACAAUUGUUCGUGCCCUAAGGGCUGCAUAUAAUAAUCCUGAAAGAGCUGUUGAAUACCUCUAUUCUGGUAUUCCAGAGCAAGCGGAAAUUCCUCCCGUGGCUCAACCUCCUGCAGGUGUGCAGCCUGUAAACCCUUCAUCCCAGGCUACGCAACCAGCUGUACCUCCCAGUGGCCCCAAUGCUAAUCCGUUGGAUCUUUUUCCUCAGGGUCUUCCAAAUAUGGGUUCUAAUGCAGCAGGUGCUGGCACAUUAGAUUUUCUUCGUAAUAGUCAGCAGUUUCAAGCCCUACGAGCCAUGGUGCAAGCAAAUCCUCAAAUUUUGCAGCCUAUGCUCCAAGAACUUGGAAAGCAGAAUCCACAGCUUGUAAGAUUGAUCCAAGAACACCAGGCUGACUUCCUACGCCUGAUAAAUGAACCUGUUGAAGGCGAGGGAAAUAUACUUGGGCAACUCGCUGAAGCAGCGCCACAGGCUGUGACUGUUACUCGUGAAGAGCGGGAAGCAAUUGAACGUCUUGAAUCAAUGGGUUUUGAUCGAGCUUUGGUACUGGAAGUCUUCUUUGCAUGCAACAAGAAUGAAGAGCUGGCAGCAAACUACCUGCUGGAUCAUAUGCACGAAUUUGAAUGAUGAAGACCAUUACAAUUGAAGAUCUCAUGGGUUUACCUUGUUUAAACAAAGUUGUCAUUGCCGCGUGGAUUAACUUUUAUAUAUCGAUCAAAGUGGCUAGUACCCUAGACAGUAACUUUUGGAUACACAAGGUAGAUACAUUCUUAAAGUUGUGGUAUUUUCUUGAACUGCUGUUAGUUUCUGUUUAGGCGUUUGGUACUGGGCUUCGACUUGGUUUUCACCGUUUCUGGCAUUGGUGCCUCUCUAUGAAUGCUUCAUUUAUUUUUUUCA